GUUCUACGAACCAACCCGACGGUCCAUCACAAGAAAGCGUUGCAGAAACGUUGUUUGCCUUAAUAUUUGGCUGUGACUUGAUCUCAUUCAAUCCCUGUCAUGUCCGCAUUUGCAAAAACAUUGUCUCCCGCUCUCCGCGAAAUUCGCAUCUUUUGCUGCCAGUCAAGCCAAGCUUCAGCGGGCACGCGGCAAUUCAUCUUGUCCACAUACCCAGUCAUCAAGAAACACAACCCGGACCUUCCCGUCAUGAUACGGGAGGCAAACGGCACACCUGCGCGGAUGUUUGCACGUUUUGAACGCGGAGUUGAGAAACACGUCGAGCUGGAUGAUCUCUCAUCAUCGGAUGUGGCUGCUAGUGUUGCACGGAUAUUGAGCACCUCAUAGUCGCUAUGCUUUAACCGCCCCAGCGUUGUAAUUCAAUUCAAAUAUUUCUCUUGCCAUUUUUUUUGUCUGACUUUUACAUAAAAAGAGUGCUGAGGUAUGCACAGGUAUACAUGCGGCACCCAGUCCUAUUAUAUCACGUGGGCUACUAAUUUUGUGCAGGCGGUUUUGCUCGGAUGUG